AAUCUUCCUUUAAAACAACAAUUCAACUCCAAUACCUUAUUCUCUCCUAAAAUCAAGAAAAAUGUCUUCAAAAGCACCCCCACAAUUCCAAACUACGGCACAAUUCCCACCACCACCACCGCUGCCAACUCCGCCUCAUCCGUCGAUACUUUCAUCACACGCACCACCCACCAAACUCGAACCCUAAUAUCCCACCGCCGGCCAUGGCGAGAAUUCCUCUCUCUCUCCUCACUUUCUCUUCCCACCUCCUACUCCGAAUCCAUGGCUCGUAUUCGUCGUAACAUCAACUACUUCCGCUUCAAUUACUCCCUCAUCAUCCUCACCAUCCUUUUUCUCAGCCUUUUAUGGCACCCUAUUUCUAUGAUUGUUUUCUUAGCUAUAUUUGUCCUUUGGAUUUUCCUAUAUCUUUCACGGGAUGACCCAGUUGUUGUUUUCGGCCGUUCAAUUGAUGAUCGAAUAGUUCUUCUUGGGCUUUCUAUAAUCACCAUUUUAGCCUUGGUUUUCACCAAAGUUGGGUUGAAUGUAUUGAUUUCGCUUAUAAUUGGUGUUGUGAUUGUGGGUUUACAUGCUGCUUUUAGAAGUGUUGAUGAUUUGUUCUUGGAUGAAGAUGAUGUAGUUGAUGGUGGGUUAAUCUCGGUUUCUGAAGGUCAACCUUUGAGACCUACCUAUGCCAUAGUUUGAUUUUCAUGGGUACUCAAGUCAAGAAAAGGGGUGGGAAUGAUUUGCACAAAAGUAAGUAACACGAGGAAUUUUGUUUUUCUGUGUUUUUUGUUAAUUGUAGUUGAAUUAUGAUUGUUGAAUUUAGGUAGAUUUUUCAAUUUGUUGUAACACUGGAUAUUUAUAAAGCCAAAAAAUAAGUUUGAUUUC